AUGGUAUCUGAUUGUAUCACCUCAUCCAAAAACGUUUUAGUAAUUGGUGCUGGGAUAUCUGGUCUGGCUGCUGCUCAUACCUUACUUAAAACCAAUUUAUCUAAAUUAUUUAUUAAUUCUUCAAUUAAAUCUGAUGGAAUAUGCUCAGUUAAAAUACUAGAAGCUAAAUCUCGACCAGGUGGUAGAAUAAAUACUGUAAAUUUUGGAAAUGACUUUGUGGAAGCUGGUGCACAAUGGUUACAUGGUUCAAAAAAUGCUUUAUUUAAAGUAUCAGAUCAUUAUAAAUUAUUAUCAGACAAAACGUCUAUGGAGGGACAAGGACUUUAUAUAAACGAAUAUGGUGCAACAAUAAACGAUAGUGUUGUAAAUAAAAUUGAUUUCAUUGUGGGUCAAAUUUUGGAAAAUUUGGAAGCUUUUGCUGAAAAUGAAAGUUGUGAUUACCCAGACAGCGUGGAGAAUUAUUUAAAAGAAGAAUUUGAUAAGUAUUUAGCUACUUGUUCAAGUGACACUGCUGAGAUGAACCUAAUUAAAAAAUAUUUGUAUGAGUGGCAUGUUCGAUUUCAAAUAAUUGAUAAUUCAUGUCUUUCUUUGAAAGAUUUGUCAGCAAAAGCAUGGGGUAAAUAUUCCUUUGAAGGGGAGAAUUCUCAAGCUCAUAUAAAUUACCUUCACGGAUAUAGUACUGUUAUAGAAAAAUUAUGUAAUACUUUACCCAAAAAAACUUUAGAAUUUAAUAAAGAAGUAGUAUCUGUACAGUGGUCAGAAAAUGGUGUCAAGGUUUGCGCAAUGGAUAAUAUUGAAUACAAUGCAGAUUAUGUGAUAGUUACUGUAUCUUUAGGAGUAUUAAAAAAGAAUUAUAAAAAUUGGUUUAAACCCAGCUUACCAAAAAAUGUUACACAAGCCAUUGAAGACAUGGGUUUUGCAACGAUCAAUAAAAUAUUUUUACAAUUUGAAGAAGCUUGGUGGAAUGAUAAUGAGGGAUUUCAAUUUGUAUGGUUUGAUGCAGAAUCAAAGUGUAAACCUGAUGAAGCUAGCUCUUGGGUUUACGACAUGUCUGGAUUUGAUGUUUUAUAUCCAGGGGCUACUAAUACUUUAGUUGGAUGGGUUGGAGCCAGAGGCGCAAUCCUAGUUGAAGAACGAUCAGCAGAUGAAAUAGCUGAAGAUUGUGUCACAUUACUUCGAAAAAUUCUGAAGAUUCCAGUACCAACACCAUGCCGAGUGUACAGGAGCAAGUGGCAUACCGAUCCUCACACUUUGGGAUCAUAUAGUCAUACUAGACCUAUCUGUGAUAAAAAUAAUACUGGGUGGAAGGAUUUAGCUUCACCAAUUUUAGACAAAAAUGGACAGCCCCGAAUUUUAUUUGCUGGUGAAGCGUGCAGUGAACAAUUCUUCUCUACAACACACGGUGCUAUGAAGACAGGUAUUGAACAAGCAGAAAUAAUACUUGAAUCUAUAAGCAAUACUCAAUAUAAAAAUUGUGAUAAUAAUGUUUAUUAAACUAUAGUUAAAUAAUAAUA